GGAGUAUUGGAAGAAAAAAAUUUAGUAUACUGUGAAAGAUCAAUCAAACAAACAGUGGAUGCAUAAAAUCGCCUCUCCUCCCAUUAUAACUGUGAUAAUAACAAAAGAGAAUACAAAUAAGUGGAAAUGAGAUUGAUAUCAAUUGAACAGAAAAAAAGUAGAACGGGGCGGAUGAGUAACAUAUAAACCUGUAGUGCGAAAUCAAGUGUACACUAAUAAAAAAUACUUAAUGUUAAUAACUAAUAAAUAUAUACCAGCAAAGCUUUAAAGAGAGUCUGUGAGGUCAAACAGUGAUUACACGGCUUCAUGUCCGACUUAUGCCAAGAAGGAAGUCCAUCGACAACUAAAUCAUGUAUAGCAUUUAAGAUAAAACAACGUAUGUAUGUUCAAAUGUAAAAUUUUGGUAUGUAAGAGUUGAGAACAAAAUGCAAAUCACCGACAUGUUAUAGCUACCCUUAGUUUAGUAGUUAUUACAGUGCUUUAGAAGUAAACGAAACACCAAUUUAUUCGCAAAUAAAAAAAAAAUCGAAAUAUCAGCAAAAAUAUAUAAACUUUAGUUAAAAAUUUAAGUAAGAAAGUUGGCACGAAUUUUCGGAAAAAUAACGUUUCUCCUAAUACAAAAAAACAAAGUUCCGGAUGUAAUGGAAAAUAUAACACUUAUUAUACCUACUAGAAACAAAAAGUUAUGUUAUUUUUACCCGCGCGACGCGAGUGAAAAAAAAACUUUAAUAGGUAAUAAACAAACAGACUGCACACAUUUAAUAAAAAAUUGUUGAAUAAUCAAAACUAAAUAAUUCCUUAUAACACCAAAUUCACCAGUUCAGAUUGAUGUCGUUUAGAAUGAUCUGCAAAAAAAUUGAAGAGGUAAAAAAUAACUAAAUGAGUGUGAAAAUACUCGUACAAUUCUACGGAAUAAUAGGAAUAUAAAAAAAAAUUUAAUUUGUGCAUAAAAGUUACAUGAAAAAAUAUUGAAAAGUCAUAUAAAAUUAUAGUAAAAUUUACAAAAUAGAAGAAUUUAUAUACAUACAAGCAUAAAAAACAUUAACUUAAGCGAAAAGCUAUAAUACAAAAUUAGGGAAUUUAACGUGUAGUUUACGAGUACAUUAAAAAUAAGCCAAUAAACAAUAGCAACCAAUAUGUUUAAAUACAAAAUAUAUAAAUCCUAAGUAUAUAAAAAAAAGAUUUAAUACAUGUGAAUGCAAAAAAAUAUCAGUAGCAGACACUUUUGCGUUAAUAUUACUCGAUCAUUGUCGCGAAAAUUGUAACAGAAUGUCAGCAAAAGAAAGUUUGUAAGUACAUAAUUAAAAGUUAGUAAAUCUUAAACUCGUCAAAGUAAUUCGUACAAAAUAUUUAUAUUCAAUUGAAAAAAAAAAUAAAUAUUUAUAUUUACAAAACUGGUAACAACAUUCGGUUAAAAGCAAUUCACCACCGCCGUUUUUUUUUUCGUUAUCCUACUGCAGACCAUUAAUUAAUCAGGUACCAGAACGAAGCAUACCGACAAUCAACUAACCGGGACCAUCGAGCGUCAUAGCUUAGCAUAUGGUCAUAAGAUAUUGAUUGGUAAUAGCACAUGCAAAUUUCCGUACACCCAAACUACAUACAUAUGUAAACGAUUUUGAGAUACACAAUUUGGUAAAUAAAAUUGAGAAAUAAGCAUAAAACCGGUAGCGCAGUGGUGGCAACACGGAUACUAAUGAAAAAAAAUCGCAAAGGAGACAGAAAGCACACCAAAUAGCAAUUGUGAUUUAAGUAACAGUGACAGCUGGUAGUAAACAGCCCCCAUUGCUCAAUUGGCAUUAACAUCAACAUUACAGCAUGCAAUACUGUUAGUGAACAGCUGUGCGUUUAUACAUGCAAACAUAUGUACAUAUGUGUUUAGAAUAGAUGGUGGAACAGUUGUUUGCGCUGCACUAGUAUUAUAUUUGUGUAUAAAUCGGUUUUGGCGUUAUCAAACAUUCAAAGCUCGAGCCUCCGAAGUUUUAAGAGCUUUAUUAAAUACGAAUUUAACUUCAUAGCGGUUAUUCGCACUAACAAGCUACUACAGUGCUUUCAAAAUUGCACCAAACGCUAUUUGUAUUGUUGUUAUGAAAACCUGUUGCUCAAACUAAAAGUGUAAAAUCCCGUUAGAAAUUAAAUAGUCUCCCACCAAAAGUCGUGGAAACAAGUCGUUAAAAAUUAAUAAAUAAAUAUACGAAUUUUCAAAACCAAAAUAACAAACUAAAUAAGUAAUAUUCGUGUAAUGCGUAUCCCGGCUUCCCCCGCCAAACAAAUAUACUUGCACUACUAUCACUUCGCUGUAUACUUUUUUCACUACAAAGACUCGCCUAUACACAUAAAACGAGGUUUAAUAGCUGGCUAAUUAAAUAUGUCAUAUAUACCCGAUGAUGCUAGCAGUAUGAGCGACGACGUCUUCGAAGAUCCCGAGACAACCCAACGUCGUCUGGAGGAGACUGUACGCCAUCGUGUGGACUUCAGUGGCAGCGGUUCCAGUAUAGGCGGUAGUAGCGGCAAGGCAUGCAGUACUGGUUAUCCUGGCUAUCGUCCACCGGUGAAAGCUUUGCAGAUGUAUGCACUUGAAGAUGCAGUCUUUCAUGAUGACGCUUACGAAGACGAAUAUGAGGAUGGUUGGCGUUCCUAUCGCUACGAUGAAGUGGGCAUGUAUAGUCAACCGCAACAACAGCCUUUCGAUGACACAGUCAAUCACAAGACAAUACUACUUGGCGACUCCGGUGUUGGUAAAACUUCUUUCCUAGUAAAGUACAAUACGGGUGAAUUUCGUUUGGGUUCCUUCUCCGCGACAGUGGGUAUCGCACUAACGAAUAAGGUAGUAGUUGUGGAUGGCACGCGCGUCAAAUUGCAAAUUUGGGACACAGCUGGUCAGGAGCGUUUUCGUAGCGUCACACAUGCCUAUUAUCGAGAUGCACAUGCUCUGCUUCUGUUAUAUGACGUCACCAACAAAACCACUUACGACAACAUUCGCGCUUGGCUGGGCGAGAUAAGGGAAUAUGCACAGGAUGAUGUCGUGAUUGUGCUCAUUGGAAAUAAAGCGGACUGCAGCAACAGCGAACGGCAAGUAAAACGCGAGGAUGGAGAACGAUUAGCUAGAGAGCACAAUGUACCCUUUAUGGAAACAUCUGCUAAAACGGGAUUGAAUGUCGAGCUUGCUUUUUCCGCAGUCGCUAGGCAACUAAAAUGUCGGGGCACCGUAAAUGGCGAUGAUGGAAAAUUCAAUGUCCAUGACUUCGUACGCGACAAUACGCGAGCACGAACAAUGUGUGCGCAGUGCAAGUCGAUGUAGACUUGGUUUUAUUUUCCAAAGAAAAUAUGGAACACUAUUUUGAAGCGAAGUAGAUGGAAUACGAGUAUUC